CUCGGCUCCUUCUUGAAGGACGACGUUCGAUUUCUGUCUGUCGACUGGUAUUUCUGAAUGAAAAGACGAACGACAGCCUCACCGCUAGCGAAGCUUCCAAGAGUUUAUAGGGAGUUAAUUUACGGUGGUACCUGCGCCAGCGUACGUUGUGCUUCUUCCUCUCUCCUUCCUCCCCGAGGUGGCAGCCCCUUCGCCGACCCGCCGGGAGAGUUUCUCUUUUUCCUCUACCAUCCCUUCCGGAGGCAUUUCUGCUUCUGCGCGGGCUCGGAGGGAUCGCGGCGGAUCUGGAGGGCCGCUCUUCGGGACGGCAUUCGUUACCGCAGUACGGAAUUACAGAGGAGGGAUUCUCUGGAAGCGGAGGCGUUCCUCGAGGCUGUGCGGUUUUACAGGCAAGAGAGAGGCCGCUACGGCGCAGGAGAUCUUCUCCUGGGGCUGGAGCCUGAGAUCCUCGGGAACGUGCUGAUGGAGGAUUUGCUGCCGGUGCUGCGCUCUCAGGUGCUCCCGAGCAUCCGAGGGUCCGAAAGGCGGCGGCGGCAGCUGUGGCUCCAGUUUCUGCAGGAGGUUUACGCCCUGAUCCUCGGCGAAAUCUCCAGCGAAUUCGAGGGUUUUCAGAAGGAGAAGGAAAAACUACGGAUUGAGCUGGAGAAGAAAAUUCGCCCCGACCUGGAUCAGAUGCUGACUCUGAAGGAUCAGAUAGGCAGCAAACUCCAAGCCGUGGUGCAGAGCCCGGCGGAGUCGUGCUGCGGCCGGGGAGUGGAGCCUCACCUGGACUGCGUGCUGGAGGAACUCCUGCGUCCCGUCAGCUCGGGAGUCGAGGCGGUUCGCUCGCUCUUUGCCCAGAGGGUCGACGAGAUGAUCGGACUCGCCCGGAGCUCUCCCGUCGCGGUCCUGCAGAAAGAGCUUCUGACGCUGGGGAGAACGUCCUGGCAGCCCGACGUCAUGCAGCCGUGCUACGAGGAGGCCGACCUGUAUCGAGCGAGCCUGCGAGGGCUCGAGGAGCGGUUUGGCUUCCGCGGCGUGACGAGCCUGGUCCUCGGCGCGCAGAACCUCAUGCAGCGACUGAUGGAGAAUGCCACCCACACCUUCCAGCAGCUCUCGCAGCAGCACCUCGGCCAGGCGGCCGGCCGCCACCGGCUCACCCAAAUGCUGGGGAAAGUCAAAGAGCGGGUGCUGAAGAAGUUUGACUACGACAGCAGCUCCGUCCGGAAGCGGUUCGCUCAGGAGUGGCUGGUCCGAAUUUUUCUUCCUUUUCUGCUGAAGCAGUUGGAGUCCGGCUGUAAACUGGAGCUGCCGCAGUACGAGAGCUUCGUGUUCGCCGACUUCAGCGGCAUCAUUAACCUGGAAAAUAUUUACGAAGAAACGGUCCUGGCUGCGCUGCUGCCGGCUGUCGGCAAAGCGCUGGCAGAGGCCUCGCGCCGCGACAGCCACAACCUCUGCGGCGAGAGCUUCUCCCGCCCGCCGCCGAGCGCCGAGGAGCGGCUCUACCAGGAGAUGGGCUGAGGAGCCGGCGUCGCCGGACCGGGUGUGAACCCCGC